UGUAUAUUUAAAAAGCUGAAAAGAAACAAGAUCCACUUCGAACCCCUCUCCACAAUCCACCCUCACUCUCCCUCAAUCCUCUCCGUAAUCCACAUGUGCAAAUUUCCAAAGUAAACCUUCAUUUUCUCCCUCACCCAGAAAUCAAGAUUCUUCACUACAGAGGAGGAGAGAGUGAGAAAAACAAACACACAUCUCAUAAAAAUCUCAUCUUUCAAUGUUUACACUUGUCUUUUUCCCACCCCCAUAUCUUCACAUAGACUCUUUUGUCUGAUUCUAGCCUGGUUUUAGAUUCUUUUGUCAAUCUUUAAGUUCCCAUAAAGGUGAGAUCUUUUUUUUCCCCUUGAUGACAGUAAUAUUAGAGCUAAUUUAUGUAAUCCAAGCUAUCCACCAAGUUAGAGCAAUCAUAAAGGUGAGAUCUUGACCCAAAUAAUUGGUUGAAAAUCCAAGAUUUUUGCUUUCAAGAUUGGUAAGGAAAAUGAGGGAAGAGGAUUCAAAUUGGUUUGCUAAAUGGGAAGAAGAAUUGCCAAAACCAGAAGAGUUAAUGCCUUUAUCCCAAACCCUUAUAUCUCCUGAUCUUGCCAUAGCUUUUGAUAUUGCAAACCCCACUAGCCCAAAUAAUCCUCAAAACAAGCUGCAGCAGCAGACUCAGAUUCCUCAAUCCUCUCAACAGCAACCCAAUUCAUCAGCUGAAUUUGAGUCCGCUGAAUUGAAUGGAUUAGGAGGUGGUGGAGAUGAACCAGCUAGGACAUUAAAAAGGCCUAGGCUUGUGUGGACCCCACAGUUACACAAGAGGUUUGUGGAUGCAGUUGCUCAUUUGGGGAUCAAGAAUGCUGUCCCAAAGACUAUAAUGCAACUGAUGAGUGUCGAUGGCCUAACGCGCGAAAAUGUUGCUAGUCAUUUGCAAAAAUACAGGCUUUAUUUGAAAAGAAUGCAAGGUCUUUCUAAUGGUGGUAGUGGUGGAAACAGUGGUCAAUCUUUAUCAGGGGCAGGUGUUGAUUCUGCAAUGGACAAUUUGUUUGCUAGUUCACCUGUGCCAGCACAUUUUUUGCAUCCGGCCGGGAGGGGUAAUCCUGACCAGUUCUUGCCAUUUGUGCCAGUGACAUCAAUGCAGCAUCAUAAUCAUCAUAUGGGAGUGGUUGUUGGACACCAUCAUCCUCAAGUUCAACCGCAGUAUAGGCAAUUUGGGUCACCGGCGAAUGGACAUUUUGAUCAUCAUCCAUUUUUGUCUAGGCAAUCACAGCAGCAGGUUCAGAGGAUGGGGACAUCAGUGCAUAAUGGUAGUCCUGUGGUGUCACCUUAUGUUGAUGAUGUGGAUUCUUCAGCCGCACCUGUCAAUGGGAGGAAGGUCCUUACUUUGUUUCCAACAGGGGAUGAUUGAUAUCAGGGUAACUGUUGAUUGUAAGCCUUCUGCAAAUCCUGUCAAUUUGACUUCUAUGUAUUCUAGAAUUUGUGUUGAAUAACAUUUGGUCUUUGUUUUAGUACCUUUUAUUGGACUAAUGUUGUUUUAGUGUAAAUGUCUACAUGGAGUUGUCGGUAUGGUCUUCAACUCUUCAAGUCUUCAUGGAACUGUGAAUCCCCUUUUCCCACUUCAUUAUUCUCUUAAGGUCAAACUCUGUUACUUUUCGAAGAAUUAGGAUUUGGUGCUUAGUAUCUGUUAUGAAAUUGUUCAGUUAGAUGAGUUCGACUAUUGUAAUUAUGUUGUGAUAGCACUGUGUUUUCUAUUGUCA